AAUGCUGGAUGUCCCUGUGAGCUCCCUGCCUAGUCCUCACAUUCCUUCAAUCAAUACCAUCACCUACCCCAGUGCCCAAUCCCAGCCCUUUCCCCAGCUACUUAACUAUGCAGAACUAGCACGUCACCCCCUGAAGGUGGAACGUAUAUUAAGCCAAUAUGUAUAUAAAUCUAGCCAAGAAGCAGGCUGAGCUCUGCAGUGAUCAACUAGGAAGCCCAUUGAAGACAUCAACCAUUGUGCUGGAGCAGCCUUGGUGACAUCUAUGCAUGAUUUCUACAUAAGACUAAUCAAAGUGUUAAGCAUCCCGAAGUGUAGAUCCGCCUCCCACUGUCAAUUGAAGCACCAAGUGACUGGCUCUUUCCACAACUAAUCACUGUACAGUUGGAGGUGACACUAAUCCCACCACAAGAUCCUCAAGCAACUCACAGGAGGGAAGAAAAUGUUUCUGAGUACAGACCUCAAUUACAUAUCAUUCUUGGAAGCUGCGAUCACAUCAGUCUUGUCCUUUGCGCUUCUCCUGGCAGUGUCCCACCAGCUCUGGUCCUUCAGAUGGCACAGCACCAGGGACAGGGCUAACAAGCUGCCUCUUCCCAAAGGCUCCAUGGGCUGGCCAUUUUUUGGGGAAACUCUACACUGGCUUGUACAGGGAUCAGACUUCCACAGCUCCAGGAGGGAGAAGUAUGGCAACAUUUUUAAAACUCAUCUGCUGGGAAAACCACUGAUCCGUGUGACCGGCGCUGAGAAUAUCCGCAAGAUCCUGCUAGGGGAACACCACCUGGUGAGCGCCCAGUGGCCCCAGAGCACCCAGAUCAUCCUAGGUUCCAACACACUGGUCAACUCCAUUGGGGAUCUCCAUAGACACAAGAGAAAGGUUAUGGCCAAGGUGUUCAGCCACCAGGCGCUGGAGAGCUACAUUCCCCGGAUCCAGGAGGCAGUGAGCCUGGAGCUCCAGGGUUGGUGCAGAGAGGUCGGCCCCAUCUCCAUGUUCCCCUCUGCUAAAGCACUCACUUUCCGGAUCGCUGCCCGCAUCUUGCUGGGGCUCACCCUGGGGGAGAAGCAGUAUAAAGGCCUGGCCAGGGUGUUCGAGCAGCUGGUGGAGAACCUCUUCUCUCUGCCUCUGGACAUCCCAUUCAGUGGGCUCCGCAAGGGAAUUAAUGCGCGUAAGACAUUACAUCAGUACAUGGAAGAAGCCAUCAAGGAUAAAAUCACAAGAAGAGACCCUGAGCUGUGUGAAGAUGCUCUGGAUUACCUUAUAGACAGUGCCAAGGAGAAUGGCAAGGAGCUGAAUAUGCAGGAAUUAAAGGAAUCUGCUAUUGAACUUAUGUUCGCUGCCUUCUUCACGACUGCCAGUGCCAGUACCUCCCUCAUCCUGCUCUUACUCAAACAUCCAUCUGCCGUACAGAAACUGAGACAGGAACUGGCAUCCCAUGGGUUAAACAAACAGUGCCAGUGUCUUCAUUCUCCAGACAGCCCUAAUAACAAUACCAUGGAUGAGAACUGUACAACCGCAGGGUGCCAUGCCUCUACCCUGGCAGACCCAGAUGGCCAAGUGAAAGAACAGUGGGAAAAAAACAAGCGGGCGAUGGAGGAGAGGAAUGAAAGCGAGCAUACAUGUUCUGUGACCAGGAGAUGCCAAGACGAUGUGCAUCGCCAGUACUUAUGUAAUGGUGCACCAUACGAGCAGGACACAUCUCUAUACCUUUCAAGUGCUGCCAGAUUACCAGGAGGGUGUCAGGGAUGGAAAAGCGAUUGCACGUGUCAGCUAAACCUGAAUCUGGAGAAAAUAAAGGGACUCAACUACCUGGACUGUGUGGUGAAAGAGGUGCUGCGUUUGCUUCCACCGGUGUCUGGAGGCUACAGAACUGCUCUGCAGACAUUUGAAUUGGAUGGCUACCAGAUCCCUAAAGGCUGGAGUGUCAUGUAUAGUAUUCGAGACACCCACGAAACUGCUGCAAUUUAUCAAAACGCUGAAUCCUUCAACCCCGAUGGUUUCAGCGCAGAAAAGGAGGAAAGCAAAGCCAGCAGAUUUAACUACAUUCCCUUUGGUGGUGGAGUACGAAGUUGCAUUGGCAAAGAAUUGGCACAAAUCAUACUGAAGAUUCUUGCCAUUGAGCUAGUAGGCACUGCCCAGUGGGAGCUGGCCACCCCAAAUUUCCCAAAAAUGCAGACUGUUCCUAUAGUGCACCCCGUAGACGGACUUCAGCUCUUCUUUCGAUUUUUACGUUCCAGUGACAAUAACACAGCGUCAGAAAGUUUAUGAUCACUUCACCCAACCAACGUCCAGGAAUGCUUCUAACACUUAAAUUAUUUUAUUGGAGAUUCCCAACAGGGUGUCUGUACUAUCUGUAAUGUAGCUAAAGAGAGAUUAUAUUAUUUAUAAUGUAAUAUUUAUAUGUCAGCUAGCUAUUAAAAAAAAGAAAUGGGUAAUGAUGAGCUAUAUAAAGAAAAAAAAAUACUUUGAUUGUGUAUUUUCUUUUCCAUUAUAAGGAAAUAGCCCCAUAAUAAACCAUUCAACUUUU